GAAGACGAGCGUGUUCGUCAGGUCUGUACGGACUUCAUUGGUCCGCUUCCACCCAUCAGCCAGACCUCCUGGGAACCGUCUAUCAAGGGUCUGUCGAAGCGCUCUCUGGUGAAGGAACUGCUGUCUCUCUUCGCCCUCAACUUGGGGAUGCAGCGGCUGUAUGUAGAAAUGAAGGAACUCCUGGAACAAACUCAGGAAGCCGUCUAAUUUCCCCACAUCCUCUUCGCACUAGUGUCUGCAUCAGAAUGUGUUUUAUUUUAUUUUUCAUCCAGAUCCAGCCACCACCACCAACACCCUCCAAUCGGUGUAUAUUUUGA